AAUGUAUAAUAGUCUCCCUUUGUUACCGAUUUCUCAUUGAUUGUUUCAUAAACGACUGUUAAACGGGUGUAAUGUCUCUGUUUGACAAAAUAUAAAACAGCAAUGCAGAUUUGAUCAACUCAGUUUAUUAAAGUGGAUUUAUAAGUUCAAUUUGACAGAAGAACAUUUAAUUUUUUCUUCUUUUUUAUAGUUGGUAACAAUCUUGAGCAUGAAUUCCGACACAGCUAAGGUCCUGUUCAAGGAAGGUGCCAUGUUUGUUCUUCUUAACAUGCCGGAAGGUUCUGAGUUUGGUAUCGACUAUAACUCCUGGACUACUGGACCCAAAUUCAGAGGUGUUAAAAUGAUACCACCUGGCAUUCACUACAUAUAUUACAGCUCCAGUGGCAAGCCAGGCCUGUCUAACAACUGCUCAGUGAGAAGUGGGUUCUUCUGGAACUUCAGGCAGAGGGAGAUGGUGGUCAGGAAGUGGGACCCUCAGUUGGAAGAUAUAUCAUUGGACGCGGCUACACUGGAGGAUAAAGAGAGACUGGAGUGUAACCUACAGGAGCUGGACCAAUACUUGGGGCACUAUCCUUACGAAAACUACAAGAAGUGGAUAUCCCUGACGACCCACAUGAGUGAGGAUCUGUUGUCAAGGUUACAGCCCGAAUGUGGCACCAUCACCUCCGUCUCCCAGUUUGAGUCUCCAUCCAGCAACAGUGAGAGUCGCAGACUAGAGGCAGAGGAAGUCAAAAAAGCUGCAGACUCUUCUCCAAAGCCAGAGAAGAUUGGUAAACUUCCCAAGCUGACAGUGGUUCCUGGCACAGCUAUCCGGUUCACCAAGAUCCCUAAGCAGCGAUAUCCGGAAGGGGCCAGCCCUCAGGAGGUCACCAUCCACAGCAUUGACUCUACCUACAUACUGGAGUCCCUCCUCAAAUCAGAAUACACCAACAACAGCAAUGGAAUUCUGGGAGAAAUCCAGUUUGCCUUUAUCUGCUUUCUGGUUGGUCAGGUCUUUGAGGCGUUUGACCAAUGGAAAAAGCUGGUUCAUGUUUUGUGCAGUAGUGAAAAAGCAUUGAGCAGCUACACUGAUCUUUAUAUGAAUUUCAUCGCCAUGUUACACUUUCAAGUUCACGAAAUACCUGAAGACUUUUUUGUGGAUAUUGUGUCAUCCAGUAACUUCCUAACGACGACACUUCAGGAGUUUUUCUCCAAUCUUGAGGCAGGUAAUGGAGAUGCCAAACUUCGGGAUCGUGGUCUAAAGUUCCGGGACCAUCUUACCAAGAAGUUUAAGUGGGAUUUUACCACUGAGCCUGAUGAUUUUGCCCCAGUGAUUGUGGACUUGUAAAAUUGAACACCAUAUGAGUCGCAUUUUGGGAAAAGGUUAACCAGGAACGACACUUUGCCCCUGAAAUGGAUUUUCACUAGAAAGAAACUUCUUUAAAACGAAAAAUGCAGUUAAGCCGAAAGUGUUGUCCCUGAUUACCCAGGGACCUGUUUGUAUAGGUCCCUGGAUUACCUAUUGCAAACUGCACAGGCUAGUCUGGGAUGUCAUUUUACACAAAUGCAUUAAGCGUUUUCCAGAGUGAGGCUCAAAUGCUGAGUUUCAUAAGUCUCAGUGCUUUUUCUUACAUAGUUUAACUUUAUAAAAAGGAGCUUUAUUAUUAAGGUUCUCAUAAUUUUUACUGAGCUUUAUUAGCAGCAUGUUGAUGAAAUCUGAUUGUCAAUUGAUUCCUUAAAUUACAUUUGCUUUUAUAUCAGAUGUUCUUCUAAA